AUGUGGCAGUGUGAUCCCCCUCCCUACUGUCAGCAAAGUGAUCUCGCUCCUCCCUACUGUCAGCAAAGUGAGAUCGCUCCUCCCUACUGUCAGCAAAGUGAGAUCGCUCCUCCCUACUGUCAGCAAAGUGAGAUCGCUCCUCCCUACUGUCAGCAAAGUGAUCUCGCUCCUCCCUACUGUCAGCAAAGUGAUCUCACUCCUCCCUACUGUCAGCAAAGUGAUCUCACUCCUCCCUACUGUCAGCAAAGUGAUCUCACUCCUCCCUACUGUCAGCAAAGUGAGAUCGCUCCUCCCUACUGUCAGCAAAGUGAGAUCGCUCCUCCCUACUGUCAGCAAAGUGAGAUCGCUCCUCCCUACUGUCAGCAAAGUGAUCUCACUCCUCCCUACUGUCAGCAAAGUGAUCUCGCUCCUCCCUACUGUCAGCAAAGUGAUCUCACUCCUCCCUACUGUCAGCAAAGUGAUCUCACUCCUCCCUACUGUCAGCAAAGUGAUCUCACUCCUCCCUACUGUCAGCAAAGUGAGAUCGCUCCUCCCUACUGUCAGCAAAGUGAGAUCGCUCCUCCCUACUGUCAGCAAAGUGAGAUCGCUCCUCCCUACUGUCAGCAAAGUGAGAUCGCUCCUCCCUACUGUCAGCAAAGUGAGAUCGCUCCUCCCUACUGUCAGCAAAGUGAGAUCGCUCCUCCCUACUGUCAGCAAAGUGAGAUCGCUCCUAUCUAUUAUCAGCAAAUUGUUGUGUAA